AUGGAUCGACCAAGGACUCCUUCGAGACCCCCAGAGUACACUUAUCCCAGCUAUAAUGAUGAACAUGACAUUCCUACCGAGCAGAACGCUGCUGCUGUCCGUCUGUUGACGUCCAUGGAGGAUCCCGUCAACCAAGAAUCGCCUCGAGCAACGCGGCCCUCGUAUCAGCCCAGCGUAAUAUCCUCAAACUCUCGAUCAGCUUCUGUUCUGGACGACACGCCAAGUAUGCCGCCGCCCGAUUCGAGCUACAUACCCUUCGCCGGCCGAGAAACUGCUUCUCCUCAUCGGCCUUGGACUCCAUCCUCUAGAGCCGCGGAUUUUUCGCGACCACCCCCUUCGGGCUUGUCUUAUGAGCCUUCGGAACUCAACGGAAGCCCCAGGCCAGGUACUCCAUCUUCGCGCUACGGAGGCAGUCCUCGCCGUCCCCUGCCACCUGCACCGCUCUUCUCAAAUCCAGCUCGCGAUUCGCAAGCUUUUCCAGAUGACGCAACAGUAUCUAUUCCCCUUGAUGGCAGUGAUGAUGUGUUUGGCACCGAGACAGACCUAAGCGACUCUGGGCCCCUGCCAAUUCAUCGUGAUUCAUUCAGGUCAGCGUCGCAAGAAACGCUGAAAGAGGACGGGCAAGACUAUGAUAAGAUCGAGCACUAUGGUCCUGCUCCCGAUGGGGCCCAGGAGCGCCGGGGGGUUCGCGCACCUCAGAUGUCCAAGAAGGAGGUACAGUUGAUCAACGGCGAGCUGGUACUCGAAUGCAAAAUCCCUACCAUCUUGUACAGCUUCCUUCCUCGGCGCAACGAAGUCGAGUUCACGCACAUGCGAUACACCGCAGUUACAUGCGAUCCAGACGACUUCGUAGACAGAGGAUAUAAGCUUCGACAGAGCAUAGGUCGAACAACUCGAGAGACCGAGCUCUUCAUUUGCAUCACAAUGUACAACGAAGACGAGUUCUGUUUCACCCGAACAAUGCACGCCGUGAUGAAGAACAUUUCUCACUUUUGCUCCCGAUCGCGCUCCAGGACAUGGGGUGAGAAUGGCUGGCAAAAGAUCGUAGUAUGCAUCAUCUCUGAUGGUCGCGAGAAGAUCAACCCCCGAACACUGGAUGCCCUGGCAGCGAUGGGCUGUUAUCAGCAUGGAAUUGCCAAGAACUACGUCAAUAACCGAGCCGUCCAGGCCCAUGUGUACGAAUAUACGACUCAAGUUUCACUAGACUCGGAUCUCAAAUUCAAGGGUGCCGAGAAGGGCAUCGUCCCUUGUCAACUCAUUUUCUGCCUCAAGGAAAAGAACUCACGCAAGCUCAACUCCCACAGGUGGUUUUUCAAUGCGUUCGGCCGGGCAUUGAACCCAAAUGUAUGCAUCUUGCUAGACGUCGGGACGCGCCCUGGCGGCAACUCGCUCUACCAUUUGUGGAAGGCUUUUGAUACGGAUUCCAACGUUGCCGGCGCCUGUGGCGAGAUCAAGGCCAUGAAGGGAAAGCUUGGCUCCAACUUGCUUAAUCCACUUGUUGCUUCUCAAAACUUCGAGUACAAGAUGUCAAACAUUCUGGACAAACCGCUAGAGUCCGUGUUCGGCUACAUCACCGUUCUUCCGGGCGCUCUGAGUGCCUACCGAUAUCACGCGUUACAGAACGACGAAACAGGUCACGGUCCCCUCAGCCAGUACUUCAAGGGAGAAACACUUCACGGGCAACAUGCGGAUGUGUUCACCGCCAACAUGUACCUCGCGGAAGAUCGUAUUCUAUGCUGGGAGCUGGUGGCUAAGCGCGGUGAAAGAUGGGUGCUGAAAUACGUCAAGAGUUGCACAGGAGAAACCGAUGUUCCAGACGCCGUUCCUGAAUUUAUAUCGCAACGAAGGCGAUGGUUAAAUGGCGCCUUCUUUGCAGCCGUAUACUCCCUGGUCCAGUUCCGCCAGAUUCUCUCAACGGACCACACCAUCAUGAGAAAGAUUUUGCUAUAUGUAGAGUUCGUCUACCAAUUCAUACAGCUCAUGUUUACCUACUUUUCUCUGGCCAAUUUCUAUCUCACCUUCUACUUCGUUGCUGGAGGCCUCACCGAUCCAACCGUUGAUCCGUUUGGUCAUGGCAUCGGCAGUAUUUUCUUUCACGUUUUGCGGUACACGUGUGUGUUGCUUAUUGCGACUCAGUUCAUCCUGUCGUUGGGAAACAGACCUCAAGGAGCCAAGAAGCUAUACUUGAUUAGCAUGAUUAUCUACAGUGUCAUCAUGUUCUACACCAUAUUCGCUUCUUUCUACAUCGUCAUUAGACAGCUCGCGAGUAAGAAUCCGGACCUCGCGAUGGGAAACAAUGUAUUCACGAACCUGAUUGUUUCCAUGACGUCGACAAUCGGGCUCUAUUUCGUCAUGUCUUUUCUCUAUCUGGACCCAUGGCACAUGUUCACCUCGUCGGUUCAGUACUUCCUAUUACUUCCAAGCUAUAUCUGCACGUUGCAGGUGUACGCUUUUUGCAACACGCAUGACGUCACUUGGGGAACGAAGGGAGACAAUGUCAUGAAAACGGACCUUGGCGGCGCCGUGGGUAAAGGACAAACCGUGGAGCUGGAAAUGCCAAGCGAACAGCUCGACAUUGACAGUGGGUACGACGAGGCAUUGAGGAAUCUGCGCGAUCGCCUUGCUGUACCCACGGCUCCCAUCAGUGAAGCGCAGAUGCAGGAAGACUAUUACAAGAGCGUCCGAACGUACAUGGUGGUUAUUUGGAUGAUUGCCAAUGGUAUCCUUGCCAUGGCAGUUUCCGAAAUCUACAGUAACAAAGCCAUCGGCGACAACUUUUACCUGCGAUUUAUUCUCUGGAGCGUAGCCGCGUUGGCCAUGUUCCGCGCCCUGGGCUCUACGACUUUUGCCGCCGUCAAUGUGGUCAACACGGUUGUGGAAGGUAGAUUACGCAUGAAUUUCGAGCUACCAUCCUGGGUGAGGGGCUUUGGCAGCAAGGUUAGCGAGAAGGUCAGCAGUGUGGGAAGCAGUUUGGGGAGCAGUUUGGGAGGCAGCUUUAAAGGCUGA